UGGAAGGAACCUGUAAACAAGUCGGCAUCAGUUUGGUUCUCUCUCUCUAUAUAUAAGCCUAAUUGCGAAGUUCGUCACCAGAAAGAAGGAAAAGCCGCCAACCCACCUGCAGUAGCCAUGGAAGUAGUGCAAGUUCUUCACAUGAACGAAGGUGAUGGCAAGACUAGCUACACCACCAACUCCUCCGUUCAAAAACAGGCGAUGUUAAAGGCGAAGCACAUGCUGGAAGAGAGCAUAACAGAGCUAUGCAACAGCGGAAGCUUUCCCGAGUGCAUAAGAAUGGUAGAUUUGGGGUGCUCUUCAGGGCCCAAUACCCUUCAGCUGGUGAAGCAAACCAUAGAAACAGUGAAUUCGAUCUGCAAGAGGUUGAAUCGAGAAAUCCCCACAUUCCAGGUUUUCCUGAACGAUCUUCCCGGAAACGAUUUUAACGUCAUUUUCAGGUCGCUGCCAAGCUUCUACGAGCAACUAGACCUCUGCAAGGACAAAUGCUUCAUCGCCGCCAUGCCUGGCUCCUUCUACGGCAGGCUUUUCCCUGAUAACUUUCUUCACUUUGUCCAUUCUUCUUACAGUCUUCACUGGCGCUCUCACGUUCCGGAAGGGCUCAGAACCCAGUCGGGAAGUCCGCUGAACAAAGAGAACAUUUACAUAUCGAAAACAAGCCCGCCAAGCGUCCGAGAAAAGUACUUGGAUGCGUUUCGAAAAGAUUUCAGGCUGUUCCUGAGUUCUCGUUCGGCAGAGAUGGUCGCCGGAGGUCUCCUCUUCUUCACCAUGGUCGCCACCGACGAUUCCGGCGGCCACCGAAGCACAGUCUGGGAGUUAAUUGGAAUCACCAUACAUGACAUGGUCCUAGAGGGGCUAAUAGAAGAGUCAAAGCUAGCGAGCUUCGAUCUGCCAUACUAUGCGCCAACCAUGGAGGAAGUGAGGCAAGUGGCUGGGGAAGAAGGAUCCUUCGAGUUGCAGAGUCAUGAAGCCUUCAGGGUGGCUUGGGAUAGCAGUGGCUAUGCUGCAGGCAUUGGGAAUGGGCACGGAUGCACGAGAGGGAAAAGGGUGGCGAUGAACAUCAGGGCUGUGGGAGAGCCCAUGCUGGCCAGCCAUUUUGGAGUCGAGAUGAUGGAUGGCUUGUUCGAGAGAUUUGCAGCCAAGAUGGACGAGCAUUUGAAACUGAAUGAUGGGCUGGGUGUGGCAAUAGCCAUCUCCAUGACCAAGAAAUAAUCACUCACUCAGCCAAUUGUGGACGAGCAUUUGAAACUAAAUGAUGGAUUAAUGUUUGAAAUUAAUAA